AUGACAGCCAGCGACCAUAACCCCGGCGAACCCGCCUCGACCAUGGACUACGAGGAUGAGUUGCAGCUCGCCCUCAAACUGUCGCUGGAAGAGUACAAAUGGACCACGCAGGCGAACCAGAAGUACGCGUCGCACGCCUCAGGGUUCUUCGAGAGCAUCAAGAACGACGUGAAUGAACAAUCCGAGACACAAAAGCGGCCUGAUGACACCGUAUCAAUGAGCUUCAUCCUCGACCAGAUGCACCAUUUCCACAAAAUCAUCAAAAACGAAGUCGAUGUUACACACGAACAGAACUCACAUAACGCGUCGCCCACGGGUAAAGGCGGACCCAGGUUGAGUGCCACCAUGUCGCGCAACCGGCUGGCCGACUUGGUAGAGACGUUGUUCGGGACGGAGGAAAAUCGGACGGCGUCAAUGGAGAACAUAAGAUCGUGGUGCAAACAAGGUUUCUGCUUCCAGGAGAACCCCAAGGUGUUCUGGGGGCUGAAGCAGCAGUACCUUGGGCCGUGCGGCGUUCUCGCGUCCGUGCAGUCGUACAUGCUCCAAUGCAUCCUCUUCCACAGCGGGAUAUACGGAAGCCUAGAGCUCAUGCAGCAGUCUGAUACGCCCGAAAACGUGCUCAUGGAGCUGCACGAGGUGUACUAUAACUUCAUAAGGCUCGAACACCCCGACUUCCCAGAGGAGUGGCUACACAUUCCGGCACUGCUUGAGGCGUUGUGUGCCGUGCUCUACAACGCCACGCCAGAUUCGCACUACAAGGUGAUCCUCUUCGAGCCUCUGAAGACACAGAGCAUGGCGAAUGCAGUGCACGCAAUAAUGUAUAGCUCGAACUACGUGUACGUCGAGUUCGACAGCAUUUCGCAAGUGGCGUCGCACCUACUCAAGAACAUACACCUGCUCAUGUGGGAAAUGGGAGUGAUGUCAAUCACUCUAUCGGUGCUCGCAACGAGGGGGGUUGAGAAUGUGAGGAACGACAUGGACGAUCCUUCUAUACCUAUGGUGGGUAUAUACGGGCACACGUCACAGGAGCUCGUCAACCUGCUGCUGCAGGGACGGGCGGUCUCUAACGUCUUCGACGGGGAGAAGGUACUGCAGGACAGCGACAAAUCCCUGUCGUACAAACUCAAGGGAAUCCCUGGAGUGGGUUGCGUGGGGUUCCUCAGCGAGAGGGAGGCCAGCAGGCACUGCGCAGUGGGGUCGUACUACAAAUACCCCAAGUAUCCCGUAUGGGUGGUAGCGAGUUUCAGCCAUUACACGGUGCUCUUCGCAUUGAACAUGGCGUAUUGCAAGCGCACUGAGGCAGAGAUGCAUUCUGUCAAUGCAUUGAGUGUCUGGAGUUGCUUGGACCCCGACGACAACAAGUUUAUAUCACAGGACCUGCUGCCCUCACUCCUGGAGAUGCUGGGUGUAACGCCGCUCUACAAGGACGCAUGCAACCACGUCAUCGCGGACUCCAACCUCGUGCUGCAGACCACCUUUCUGGACUGGUACAUGUCACGGACGGCCAGUCGGUCGGGUAAACGGAGCAACGAGAACGUGACGUUGUUCCACUACAACGGCCAAGAUUCGAUGGCAGCGCUCAGCAUGGUCUCGGUGAAACACAUUUCGCAGCAAGAGCUCGGCGAGCUGCGCAAAUCGGCCGAAGAGGAGGACGAAUACGUGGUGGACUCCACCAUAGCGGGCUUCGCGAAGUCGCCGGCCGUGAACCUGGCCAAGACCAUCUGGACACGCUGGCCGAAGACCCUCGUCGACACCCUGCAAAUGAGAAGCGAGAGGCGUGUCGCACCCGGUGGGUGA